AUGGCCGCCGCCGUCGCGAUGCCGGCGGCGCUGGCCCUGCCUUCGGAGGCCGACCUGCCGUACGAGGAGGCCGUCCUGCGCGACCCGCUCAGCCUCCGCCCGUGGCGGAGCUACCUCGCGGCCCGCGCCGCGGCGCCCCUCCAGGUGCGCGCCGUCAUCUACGAGCGCGCGGUGCGCGCCCUCCCGGGCAGCUACAAGCUCUGGCACGCCUACCUCGUCGAGCGCGCCGCCGCCGCGGCGGCGCGCGCGCACCCGCCGUGCGGCGGCCACCCGGCGCACGAGGCCCUCAACCGCGCCUUCGAGCGCGCGCUCGCCACGCUGCACCGCAUGCCGCGGAUAUGGGGAGAUCACCACCGCGUAUGGCCGCUCUACCUCCGCCUCGCCGCGCUCCCGUCCUGCCCCGCCGACACCGCCAUCCGCAUCUACCGCCGGUUCCUCCAGUUCGACCCCUCCCGCGCCGGCGAGCUCGUCGAGCUCCUCGUCUCCGCGGGGCGGUGGCAGGAGGCCGCCGACCACAUCGUCUCGGUUCUCAACGGCGGAGGCGAGGUGGGUGACAACGACCGUUCUCUCCUGCUCAAGCUAUGUGACCUUCUCGCCAAGCACGCCGACGAGGUUGCCGGGCUCAAGGUGGAGGCCGUGCUCCGCGGCGCCAUGCGCAAGUUUCCCGACGAGGCCGGCAGGCUGCGGGCGCUGCUCGCCGAGUGCUACGCACGUAUAGGGCUUUACGACAAAGCCAGAGACGUCCUCGAGGAAGGCGUGACCACGGCGGCCACCGUAGCCGAGUUCGGGCUGGUGUUCGAGGCGUACGCGCAACUCGAGCAGAGCUUGGUCGCGGCAAAGAUGGAGAAGGCGGCGGAAGAGGAAGGCGACAGGCUUGUGGCUGGUUGCUGGUUGGCCGACAGCGACGACGGCGACAUGUGCCUUGCGAGACUGGAGCGGCUGCUCGACCGCCGUCCGGAGCUUCUCAACGGCGUCCUCCUACGGCAGAAUCCGCACGAUGUCGGGCAGUGGCACAGGAGGGUGAAGCUCUUCGACAAGGACCCCGCUCGGCAGGCGGCGACCUACGUCGAGGCCGUCAGGACCGUCGACCCCGCGACGGCGACGGGCAAGCCACACACGCUGUGGGUGGCGUUCGCGAAGAUGUACGAGGCGCACGGCCGCCUGGACAGCGCCGACGAGGUGUUCUCGAAGGCCACGCAGGCGAGCCACAAGUCAGCCGACGACCUGGCCGCCGUGUGGUGCGAGUGGGCGGAGAUGCAGCUACAGCACAGGCGCUUCGACAAGGCCGUAGCUCUGAUGCGACAAGCCACCGCGGAACCCUCGGCCGAGGUGAAGAGGCGAACCGCCGCCGACGAGCCUUCCCAGCUGAAGCUUCACAAGUCCGCGAAGCUGUGGAGCUUCUACGUCGACCUGGAGGAGAGCCUCGGCACGCUGGCGUCGACGCGCGCCGCCUACGAGGGCGCCAUGGCGGCGCGCGCCGCGACGCCGCAGAUGGUGAUCAACUACGCCUCGCUCCUCGAGGAGCACAGUUACUUCGAGGACGCGUUCGCGGCGUACGAGAUGGGCGCCAAGCUGUUCGCCUACCCGCACAGCAAGCCAAUCUGGGAAGCCUACCUCGAGAGGUUCGUGGCGAGGUACGGAGGGAGCAAGCCGGAGCGCGCGCGGGAGCUCUUCGCCGAGGCCAUCCGCCAGGCCCCGCCCCACGAGUGGGCGCGCCUCUUCCUGCGGCACGCCAGGUACGAGGAGGAGUUCGGCUCCGCCGCGCGCGUCAUGGCCGUCUACGACGAGGCGGCGCGGUCCGUGCCGGCGGGCGACAGGAUGAGCGUCCACGAGGCCUACGCGGCGAGCGCGGUCGAGCUCUGCGGCGUGCCGAAGGUGAGGCAGGUCUACGAGCAGGCGAUCGAGUCCGGCGGCCUCCAGCGCCGCGACGCUCUGGCGCUGUGCCUCAGGCUCGCCGUGCUCGAGGAAGGCCUGGGUGAGGUCGGCCGCGCUCGCGCCGUGUUCGUGCACGCGUCGGGCUACGCCGAUCCCGACGGCGACGAGGAGUUCUGGACCAAGUGGAGCGGCUUCGAAGUCUGGCACGGCGACGAGCACACCUUCAUGGACAUGCUCCGGACAAAGCGCACGCAGAAGCUCGCUGGUCCACCAGGAAUUCGGGCGCGUGGUGAACAGAAAGAUGAGAAGGCUCGUCGUCGUACUGAUCGGCUUGACGCACCAUACAGCAAGAGGCAGCGAGUGUGA